CCGUCACUGUGAAAAUCGCGGUAAUUCAGAUUCCAUUUUCGUUUUCUCCCCGUUUUUCAAAGACCCUUUUUUCAGUUACACGGCUUUCUCAGUACGCCUUCAGAGAAGACGAGACGGUUUUCCAUUUCACUCGGAAAAGCUCGGGCUUUGAUGGAUGGAGAUGUGAUUGACGCGGCGGAGCGCGACGAGGGCGGCGCAAUGGAGGUGGAGGUGGAGGCGGAGGAUGGCGGCGGAGCCGGCGCGAAGGUCCGGGGGCCGUGGUCGGCGGCGGAGGACGCGGUUCUGACGGAGCUAGUGAAUAAGUUUGGCCCGAGAAAUUGGAGCAUGAUCGCCGCCGGAAUUCCCGGGAGGUCUGGGAAGUCGUGCCGCCUCCGCUGGUGUAAUCAGCUCAACCCCUACCUCAAGCGGAAGCCGUUUACUGAUGAAGAAGAUCGUACAAUUAUAGAAGCACAUAAAGUACAUGGAAAUAAAUGGGCAUCGAUUGCGAAACUUCUUCCUGGGAGAACAGACAAUGCUAUUAAAAACCACUGGAAUUCUACUUUAAGGCGUAUGCAUUUGAAAUCAAAACCAGAUUCUAGCCAGAAUUGCACUACAGAGUUCAUGAGGGCAUCAUCUGAUGCAACUUCUUCAGGUCCAGCUCUCACCUUAUUCAAUCCCUCAGAUGAAAUGGACAUCCGGUCGAUGGAAAAUCAACCAAAGCAAUCAGAAGACGAAGCUGAGACCGCUACAAACUGUUCUCUCAAACAACCACCGCCAUUUUUAUCGAAUGGAGCCUUUAAGUCAUUGAGAUGCUCAGAAACAGUGGAGUCAUCAAUGAUGGACAACGAACCAAAACAGUUGAAAGACGUGGCUCAAACUGCGAAAAGCUCUUGUGUUGGACACAAUCCAUCCAUUGCUGAAGCAAUCUCUCACUCUGCUGAAGGGAACCAUCUAAAGGACUCGGAUCCUGUUCAAAAAGUUGGGGCAUUCACUGUCUGCAAUUCGUCUGGCCUCGAGCCUACAUUCUCAAGGACAGUCCCAGUGCACGGGCCACUGCCAGAAUACGGAAUAUUGAAGUUUCUCGAUAGCAAGUUUGAUGAACCUUUGAUUCCACUGCAAUGUGGCCAUUGCUGCUGCGAAGCAUCUUCAAGAGAGCAUUCGCCUCGCCACAACUCAUUGCUGGGGCCAGAAUUCAUGGACUAUGAAGAGUUUUCGGAAUUUUCAAGUCCUAACUUGGCAUCACUUGCUACUGAUCUGUCCAAUAUCGCCUCGAUAAGAAGAGGUCUCGAGAAAGCUGGAGAGGUAUGUCCUCUUGCCAAUGACCAAUUAGCGAAUUACGGAACCUCUCUAUGCGCGUGAACGAAGAAGAGAACAUGGAAGUUGAUCGUCACAUUUUCUAGGGGAGAAAUCUAUGUUGUGGAAUGACGAUGAAGAAUUUGUUGUUCUGGCAUAGAACUCUUAACACCUUUUUGAAGAAAAUUACUAUAAAAGCUAGAAUGUGUAAAGUGGCUCUUUUGUCGUUGUCGUAUAAUAUUAUUAUCAAGAAGUUUUGCUUAUUAGUUAUAUUAGUAAGCAAUUGAUA